AACAGAAAAUGCCCAAGAGUUUGGCAAAUCUGGAAUAAAAGGGACAUGUCAGUUAUGAAGUAAAAGCAAAAUGAAUGAGUGACUCAAAUGAAGAUGCACCCCACUUCACCCCUUCUCUCCGCUCACUUUGUCUCCCGCAGCGCCCGCCAACACUUCCCGCAUCUGGCAGUGCAGUGCGUUGGUUCUGGCUCUGGUCUGUUUUCUGCUGUUAGUGGGACUGGCAAUUUUAGCAAGCAUGUGUAUGUAUUUCCCAUAUUUUGACUGGGUGGGGACAUGCAUAGAAUCACAUGAGUUUUGCAACCAAACUUUCCUCUUGAAGUUAAGGCUUUGGAGUGAUUAGAGGCCAUAGGCCCACAGAACACACUGGCAAUUCUGCACUUAAUCUCUCUCCCUGAUUCCUAUAAAGUGACCGCACCCCUAUAUCUUUAAUAUUUUAGUAUGAUUUCAGCAAAAAGGAAGUGGUGGUUGUUUGAGGGAAUAAAAUGCUUAAUCUUCUGUCUUGUUUGCUAUGGAGUUUAUAUAAAUUUCAACAUGCAAAUGGAAAAACUGGACAAACUACAGAGUUUCAAAGAAGAACUUCAGAGCAAUCUUUCUCUACAACUGAUACAGAACAUGAAUAGUUCUGUGAAGAUCAAGAACCUCUCUAACAUGCUGCAAGAAAUGGCUACCAAAUUAUGCUAUCAACUAUAUACCAAAAAAAUAGAACACAACUGUAAACCGUGCCCAAGGAAGUGGUUGUGGCAUGAAGACAGCUGUUACUUACUAAGACGUGAGUAUAAAACAUGGAAAAUGAGUGAAAAGGAAUGCCAGGCUCUAAAUGCCAGUCUGUUGAAGAUUAAGAAAAAAAGCGUAUUGGAUUUUAUCAACUCCCACGGGAUGAAUUACAUUUGGCUAGGAUUAUCCCCCACAGAAAAUCCUAUAAACAAUAAAUAUUUUGAUGAGACAAUUAUCUCCUCUGACUGGUUAAUAAACACCACAAGUGACAUCAGCGAUAAGAUGUAUUGUGGAUAUAAAUAUAAUGACUAUCUUUAUUAUACAUCUUGUGUUGAAACCCGUUAUUAUUUUGUAUGUGAGAAACUGGCUAAUCCAGUGAAGAUUGAGAAUACAUUGAGUGACUAACCAGAUGGAACUAUGUAGUUAGUGCUCUUAUUUUGUUUCAGUUACUAUCCUGCAAUUAAAGACAACUUUAUGCAACAUACCUCUGUGGACCAGACAAGUGGAAUAAAGAUGCUGAGAGACUAACUUUCUCUCCUAAUACUUCAUAUUUUUCCAUUUCUUUUUUGUCCUGAUCUCACGAGUAAAAGGAGAUAAUGAGGAAAUAUUUUAGCAUCUAGAGACAGGCCUGAUAUAAUGCUGAGUGUAAAUACAGAAUUUUGGCUGAAGGAUAUAGAAAACCAGACAUCCCUGAUGGUGUAAGGGAUUAAGUCUCAGCACUAUGAAGCUAUCCACAUCCACUGCAUACAAGUUUGAUCCCUGGCUAGGGAGCUG